GAAAUCGAGGCUGUGAUGCCCAGCUACUUCGCGGCCUGGGAUGAUGAUGAGACGCAUGUUGCAAAACAGCGUGCGGGCGAUUGGGCGCAAGUGGCGGACGGGCUCUACAAGUACUUGCAUCGCCAUCACAGCAAGUUUCGAGAGCAGCGUGAGAGCGAGCUAAGCGGACGCGAGCAGGUCAUCUUGUACUCCGAGAAGGAGGCACCGCUAGAACAUGAACUCAAAGCACACAGAAGCAUGUUGCGGGCGUACCAGUGGCACAUGAUGUCCGGCAGACGCCAGGGUGAAGCCCUGCGAGAGCUGAUGGACCCAGAGCACUCCAAGCUGCCGAUGCUGGAUACGCUGGUCACAUUUGACUGGCGCGAGAAGCUCAAACUUCCGCAUGCGCCGGAGGAGACAGGAGCCAUGUGGCACUGCCAGCAAAAGGUCAGUUUGUCUUGUUGGGGUGGCGCUGUCGUGCGCCACCACAGCUCCUCUACGCCCGCAGCACCGAGGCUUCAGACAACAAUCAUCUUCUAUGUCACGGAAGUCAUCGAGCAGUCAGCGGAGUCAAGCAACAUCAUGCUUCGUGAAGCACUUCGUGAGGCCAGUGUCCCUGUCACAGGCAAUCUUCAUCUUUGGUCCGACACAGGACCACACUUUAGGUCAGCUGAGAACCUUUACUUUUACGCCCGGGUUCUUCCGAAAGAAAGAAACCAAAAUGUGUUCAUCCGGUGGCUCGGAGAGCAGCACGGCAAGGGCGUUCUGGAUCAGCAGUUUGGGCUGGCGGGGACGCACAAGCACGGAUGGAUCGGGCAAUUCGCUCGAGAGGGCCCAAUCUAUUCCAUUGACGACAUGUGCAAGGCCCUACAACAAGGUGCAGAUCGACAGAUGAAGAAGUAUCCCGACGGCCCGCGCUACAUUGUUCGUAAGAUCGAGUAUCCCACGAACAAAGCCACCUUGCGACAUUUCUUGUAUGCCGACUCCUUGAAGAUAUCGCGCACAUACGCUUUGGAAGCAGAGCCCUACCAAGGCCAGGCCAGGGUACAGCCAGCGCUGUGGAACAGGGUCUUCGCGGCCUUCUUCGAGGGUGCUGCAGAGUGGCUGCAGGCCCCGCCUGAUCCUCACAAAGAUCAUCAUUUGAAGAGGGUCUUUGAGCAGCAGAAGGGGGUUCCGCCACCGAGAGCCUUGCUCCCAGAACCCACCUUCGAUGAGAAGCUGCAGAAGCAGGACAGGCGGCGAGAAAGGGCCAGAAAGCGUCUGCAUGCGCGUGUGGAGCACUUGCGCAAACUGCGCGACGGGGUCGAGACUGCUGGGUCUGCUGAAAGCGCCAGUGGGUCCAGCACCAGCAGCAGUGACAGCAGCAGCGACAGCAGCGGCGAGUGA